AUGGAUGACAAAACAAUCCACGAUAACGCAACGUUAAUUAAAAGGCGUGGCGUAUUAAAAGGGCAAUUGACAAGAUUCCUUAAUAAUGUAUUAGCUGUGAAGUCCGAUGGUGGAGAUAAAAACAAUCUUAAAACCAGAAGAGAAAAAAUUGAAGAAACUUGGGUAAAUUUCCAAAAAGUCCAAGAGGAAAUAGAGGGACUUGAGGAAACAGAUGAUACAGAAGAUGAAUAUAGAAUUCAAUUUGAAGAAAUUUAUUUCGAAGCAGUUACAGAAUAUGACAAAAUAAUGAAUGAAAUGAAUCAUUCGAACGAUGUCGAUCAAAUUUCACCCACAAACAUCAUGACAUCUACAAGAACAAUUAACAACACGUCAAAUCAACCAUCAAUAGUCAACCUAGCCCCACUUAAUGUACCAACAUUUAGCGGCUGCUACAAAGAGUGGUCGACGUUUAAUGAUAUAUUUAUCGCUUUAAUACAUGAAAAUGAAGCGUUAUCCGAUGUGCAGCGUUUUUUCUAUUUGAAAAAUUCUUUGGCAGGCGAUGCAUUAAAAGUCAUACAAUUGCAACAACACACGAAAGCGAUUUAUGACCUUCAGUCGAUAGACGAGGAAUCGUCUAGAAGUCUAAGACAAUUUAUAGAUGAAUUAAUGGGUAACAUGAAGGCUCUGGAAAACUUAGGGCAUGACACUAAUAAAUGGGGUCAGUUGCUAAUACACGUCAUAUUGACAAAAUUAGACGAAAAAACUUUAAGAGCUUGGGAAAAACAAGCAUCAAAAAACAAAGUUUCAAAAGUCGAAGAAUUAAUAGAUUUUUUGAAUAAUCAUUUUCAAAUGUUGGAAGCAGUCGAGAGUGCGACAAAAGUAAAUGGUGUCAGUGAAAAUAAAUUUAAAGAUAAAAAGAGAAAUAAUUAUGAACAACAAAAGAAAACUGUGUUUCAUUCAACUCAAAAAAAGUUUAAAUGCUACAUGUGUAAUGAAACAUCACAUGCAAUUUAUCAUUGUAAAAAAUUUCUUGAGCUUAACAUAAAAGAUCGACGUAGUAAAAUCAAUCAACUCAACAUUUGUGAAGUAUGUUUAUCUCAACAAUCAGAAAGUCACGCAUGUAAAUUUUCUGGAUGUAGAAAAUGUGGAGAAAAACAUAACACAUUGCUUCAUUUAUCAGAGGAAAUUGACAAUGAAAAUUUGAUAAGUACUCAUAUAACAUGUAUAAAUCAAAAACAUGUGUUAUUGUCAACAGCAAUAAUAAUUAUUCAAGGAAAAUCAAAAGAAAAAUUUGUUGUUCGAGCUUUGUUAGACUCGGGGUCUCAAACAAACUUUAUAACAACUGAUCUGGCACAGAAAUUAAAGUUACAAAAAAAAAGAGUUAAUAUAGGUAUAGCUGGUGUUGAUAAUUCAAUGAGCAAGUCGUACUACUCUCUAAAAACAACAAUUCAGUCCCGAGAUAACAACUACAGCAAUGAACUUGAAUUCCUAUCGCUGCCGAAAAUAACGUCAUUGUUGCCUACUGAAAAAAUAAAUAUAAACAACGUAAAAAUACCCGCAGGUAUAAUGUUAGCGGAUCCACAUUACUAUGUACCUAAAGAAAUAGACGUAUUACUAGGCGCAGAAUGUUUUUAUACAAUUUUAAUGGCUGGUAAACAUACACAAAACGACAAUGAAAUUAUAUUCCAAGAAACCAGAUUAGGAUGGAUAGUUGCUGGAAUAGCGACGAGCUCAUGCAACAAAACAACAAAUACUUUUUUCAACUCUGUUGUAAUUGAAAAUAAAGUCAAUUUAAACGAGCUCAUGUCAAAAUUUUGGAAAUUAGAAGAAAUAAAUUCAGAAAACCAGUAUAGUUCUGAAGAAAGAGCGUGUGUAGAACAUUUUGAACGGACGGUAAAGCGUGAUCAUACGGGUAAAUUUAUAGUCAAACUACCGCUAAAAAAUGACAUUGAACAACUUGGAGAGUCUAAAUCAAUGGCCAUGCGACGUUUUUUAUCAAUCGAGAACAAAUUACGAAAUAACUUAAAUCUUCGUGAAAGCUAUGUUGAAUUUAUGAAUGAAUACGCUCAGCUUAAUCACAUGGAGGAAUCCGAAAUAGAACAUCAAAAAUCAUAUUACAUGCCACACCAUGCAGUCGUACGUGAUCAAAGCGCUACCACUCAAACCAGAGUUGUUUUCGAUGCUUCUGCCGCAUCAAGUACAGGAGUAAGUCUUAAUCAAUUAUUAAUGAAAGGGCCGGUGAUUCAAGAUGAACUUGUCAAUAUUUUGGCUCGUUUCCGAGUGCAUAAAUACGUACUUUCUGCUGACAUCGCCAAAAUGUACAGGCAAAUAUGGGUGGAUAAAGACGACAGACGUUUUCAAAAAAUAUUAUGGCGUUCACAACCAAACGAACAUCUCAAAGAAUACUGUUUAUCCACAGUUACGUAUGGAACAACUAGUGCUCCGUAUUUAGCCACGGCAUGUCUUAAAAAACUGGCAGAAGAAAAUAGUAAAAAAUAUCCACUAGCUAGCCAAGCAAUAAUAUCAGAUUUUUAUGUCGAUGAUUAUUUAGGAGGCGCAAAUACGAUUGAAGAAGCCGAAAAUUUACGAGAUCAGAUAAUAACAAUAACAAAUAGUGCAGGCUUUCCAUUGCGUAAAUGGAUAUCUAAUGAACCGUCAUUAUUAUCAUCGAUUUCAAACAUAAAUAAUGACCCACACUGUGUACUUAACAUGGAUGGAAGUGCAAUCAAAACACUCGGACUAUUAUGGAGUCCUCGUGAUGACCUUUAUCAGUAUAAAUUUAAUAAUCAGUCUAGUGUUCAAGCGAUAUCAAAACGCACAGUGCUAUCGACUAUCGCAACAAUAUUCGAUCCACUUGGGUUAAUUGGACCGGUUGUUGUAACAGCAAAAAAAAUAAUGCAACAGCUAUGGCAAUCGAAAUUAGACUGGGACGACGAAAUUCCAUCUGAUAUCAGUCGACAAUGGAAAGCGUACCGAGACGAGCUGCCGUGUAUUGAAAAAAUAAAAAUUCCGCGUCGUAUAAUCGGAUGUGAAAAUGUGUGCGACUUGCAAAUUCAUGCUUUUGCGGACGCGUCAACUAGUGCGUACGGAUCGUGUAUAUACUUACGAGCAACUGAUGUAAAUGAUUCUACGAUCGUACUAGCGUGGAUAAAUUCGCCAUCGUCAAAGUGGAAAACAUUUGUAGCACAUCGUGUUGGUGAAAUUCAUGAUACUACAUCAGCUAAUCAAUGGAGACACAUUUCAUCACCUGACAACCCGGCAGACAUCAUUUCUCGGGGUUGUAACGCAAAUUCAUUGGUAAACAAUCAAUUAUGGUGGAAAGGUCCCAAGUGGCUGAGUCACGAAGAAGCAAACUGGCCAAACUAUAAAUCAAAUUACAAUUUGAAUAAUUGUGAUUUGGAAGAAAAGAAAAUAAUAGUAACCUUGUCAAAAAUCGAAAAUUUCGAUUUAACUGAUAGGUAUUCAUCUUUUAACAAACUGUUGAGAGUAACAAAGUAUAUUCUAAAAUGGAAAAAAAUUAUACAAAACAAACAAUCAUCAAUCACAAAAAAUAAUUGUUCUACUUAUGCUGGUCCAGAUGAAAUUAACGAAGCAAAAAUCAAAUUAUUACAAAUGGAACAAAAUAAAUACUUUUCUGAAGAAUUUAAAUGUCUGAAAAGAGGUGAACAUGUCAAGAAAAACAGUAAGCUAUUUUUUCUUAGUCCUUUUAUCGACAAAAACGGUUUAAUCAGAGUUGGCGGCAGAUUGAAUAACUUAAAUAUGAACCUUGAGAAAAAAAAUCCAAUAUUACUACCCGCAAAAUCAGCGUUAACUCGUUUAAUAUUUAGUCACGAACACAUGGCCCAAUUACAUGUAGGUCCUCAAGCGCUGUUAGCAGCUGUUCGCGAAACAUAUUGGCCAAUAAACGGAAGAAAUUUAGCGAGGCUCACAGUGCAUAAAUGCGUAUCUUGCUUUCGAUCUAAACCGUACGUGUAUCAGCCAAUUAUGGGUAAUCUACCGAGUAUUCGACUAACAAGUUAUGAAAAAGUAUUUUUUGCAACAGGCAUUGAUUUUUGCGGACCCGUACAAAUUAAAAGCGGCUUACGAAAAAACUCCGCAAAAGUCAAAUCAUAUAUAUGUAUUUUUGUAUGUUUCUCAUCGAAAGCGGUUCAUAUCGAACUUGUGAGUGAUUUAACUACAAAUGCUUUUUUGGCCGCUCUUAAAAGAAUGUGGAGUCGCCGUGGAAUUGGAAAGUAUAUAUAUUCAGAUAAUGCGAAAAAUUUUGUUGGUGCAAACAACCAACUACAAGAAUUGAAGGAAUUGUUUUUGUCAAAAAAUAAUCAAAAAUUAAUUCAAGAUUGCCUUGCUGCGGUAAAUAUAGAGUGGCGGUUCAUUCCACCUCGCUCUCCACACUUUGGCGGGUUAUGGGAGUCAGCCGUAAAAUCUGUAAAAGGGCACUUAAUUAGAACGUUGGGAAAUGCAUCACUAACGUAUGAAGAAUUAAACACCGUUCUAGUUCGUAUAGAGGCAUGUCUAAAUUCACGUCCGUUGACGCCUUUGUCUACAGAUCCAUCAGACUUGAAAGUUCUCACUCCAGCACAUUUUCUUAUCGGUGGAUCACUAUUAGACUUACCAGAUCCAGACUAUACGAAAAUAACUCCUGGUCGAUUACGCCGUUGGCAACGUGUCACUCAAUUUACGCAACAAAUUUGGCAAAGAUGGCAAAACGAAUAUUUAUCAACAUUGCAACAUAAGUCAAAAUGGUACAAAUCAAAUGGUUCACGUCCCACAGUUGGAUCCAUGGUACUUUUGAAGGACGACAAUUUGCCUCCACUAGAAUGGCGACUUGGGCGUAUCUCAAAAGUGUUUCCCGGCAAGGAUGGCGUGGUGAGGGUUGCAUUAGUCAAGACGAAACAAGGCGAGUUUAAAAGAGCUUGUCGCAUUCUAUGUCCCCUGCCAUUAGACGAUGAAGACGGAAUACCAAAUGAUAACAUUUU